CGCAUUCCGAGUUAUUUGUACUUCGCAAUUCUCGUCACUCCUUUAAAUCAUUCAUUCACCAUGAAGAGUGCCUUCGUUGUUCUCUCCGUCCUUUGCGGAAUCGCCGCAGCACAAUCGGAGCUGGAUUAUGCAAUCGGAUCUUAUCAAGAUGUCCCAGUCCUCCCAGAUGUUGCUGCACCAGCCGGUGAUGCUGCACCUCAGAUGACGAAUUUCAACAUUACCUCGGUUGCAUCGGACGUUGUGGAGGCUGUUAACACCAACACCACUGUUGUCACUGCAACCAAUGUUGUAGAAGACAGUGUUGUUGUCGGCAAGCGACAAGUGACCUGCACCACACGAUCUUUCAAUGCGCCACAAGUCACAGUUCCUACGGAUAGCCCAGCAGCAUUCCAAAGCUAUGCACCUUUUGCUGCAGCAGCCUCUGCAGCAGCACAACCCGCCGCUAUUCCUUCAGGAUACGCCCUUGUGCCAGAAUUCGUUAAUCUAUUGGCCGCCGUCAAGACUUCACAAUACUUGACAUAUACCACCCAAGGCCUUGCAGCAGGAUAUAAUCCUCAGGUUUGCGCUGCCAAGUGUAACUCACUUGCGGGCUGUGUUGCGUUCAAUAUCUACUAUGAGCGGAAUCCUUUGGUCGUGAGCGUGGCGACUCAGGUACCUGAUGACACUGUCUGUCCAGGGCUGGCCACCUCUCCUUCAGCAACGCUGUUAAAGUGUGCGUUCUACGGUAUUCCGGUCACUGCAGAUCAAGCUACGAACGUCGGCCAAUUCCAAGGACAAUUCCACGUCGUCAUCGCUGGUUCCAACGCCUACAUCAAAACCUCGGCUCCCACCCUCCCUGGCUAUGAAGGUCCUGUUCCCUUUGGGGGGGACUCCAUAAACGCACCGGCACCAGUGAUUAAUCACGGCUACCUCCGCGUCCAAACUUUUGGUCAAAAUGUUCCUUUUGAUCCUUCUCUCUGCGCUACAUCUUGUGCCGCUCAGACUGCAUACAAUGCCGCUCACAACAUCGGGCUUGGACCUUGCGUUUUCUUCAACGUCUAUGUUCUGACCGAAAAUGGGGCCAAUGGUAUUCUUACAUGCACCUACUUCUCUACUUCCUACGGACCUGCGUAUGCCACCAACCCUGGCCAGUACGAUGCUGCAGGCAAUCAUUACGAGGUUACCAGCAGCUACGGCUACUAUCUUGAUGGCUACUUCGUUGAGUAAGCACAGAACCUGGGUAGGGGAUUUUGGUGAUUGUGGGGCGCUUGAGCUUGCAGGUUGAUGUCUAAUGGUGAAGGCGGUGGGCUCCCUUUUUGAAAAUGGCUUGGGAACAAACGUAUUGUAGCGAAGGGAUGAUAAUUUGGAUAGAAUGGUCUGCAAUUUUUUGGAUUUGAGU